AUGUCAACCCAAAAGUUUUACAAUACUGUGAAAAAUGUUUUCAGUACAAAUUUAGCUUCAAAAUCAGAUCAUGGAAUUGCCAAUUUGGUCUCAAAAGCCUUGAUUAGUUCUACUCCAAAAUCUCUCCUAAUCCCACCAGCUCUGAUUUCAAAUCUUAAUUCCAGCAUAAUCAACCUCGUUCUCUCAAAUCCGCUUGUUCCAGCGUGGUCUUGCUUGCACUUCUUCAAAUUCCUGCAAGCCAAUCAGUCUUUCACGCAUCAGAAACCAAAUCUUCAAGCCCAUAUUACACUCAUUUUGAGGUUAGUCAAAACCAGAAAAUUUGCAGAGGCCAAGAAUAUAUUGAAUGCUGUUGUUGUUAAUGGUGACAUCAGAUGCCCAGUUUCAAAGAUAGCUUCAUUAGUGGGUGAAAGUUGUGAAGAACCCAAAAUCACUGUGAAGCUCUUUGAUAUGUUAUUCAGAGUUUAUGCUGAUAAUAAGAGGUUUGAGGAGGGUUUGGAGGUUUUUGAACAUAUGGUUAAUAAUGAAUAUAAGAUUGAUGAGCGAUCUUGCAUGGUUUACUUGAUUGCACUCAAGCGAUGCAAUAAAUCUGAGUUAUUUUUUAAUUUCUUUCAAAGAAUGGUGGAGUCAGAUGUGGAAAUUACAGUUUAUUCAAUGACUAUGGCGAUUGAUGGUUUGUGUAAAAGAAGAGAGGUUGAUAAAGCGAGAAAAUUGAUGGAUGACAUGGUUGGUAAAGGGAUCAAACCUAAUGCAUAUACUUACAAUACAUUAAUAGAUGCAUAUGUAAAAAAGUUUGAUUUUAGUGGAGUGGAAAAUAUUUUAGCCGCAAUGAAGGAAGCAAGAGUGGACUUCAAUGUGACAACUUAUACUCUUUUGAUUGAUGGGUGUUUGAGGUCUGGCAAGAUUCAAGGUGCUGAGAAAACGUUUGAGGAAAUGAUUGAGAAUGGAGUAGAGGCUGAUGUCCAUGUCUACACUUCAAUGAUUAGUUGGUACUGUAAGUUGGGUAAUGUGAAAAGGGCAUUUGCUUUGUUUGACGAGAUGGUGGAGAAAGGCCUCGAUCCAAAUGUUCAAACUUAUGGUUCUCUUAUAAAUGGUGUGUGCAAAGCUGGGAAAAUGGAUGCGGCUGAAACUUUGCUCAAUGAGAUGCAAAGUAAAGGAAUUGACUUGAACCGCGUAAUAUUUAAUACACUGAUGGAUGGUUAUUGUAAGCAAGGGAUGAUCCGUGAAGCUUGGGGACUUCAAGGUGUUAUGGAACAGAAAGGACUUGAAGUAGACGUGUAUGUUUACAACACAAUUGCCACUGGGUUGUGUAGACUAAAUCAGCACGAGGAAGCAAAAAGUUUGCUGUUCUCAAUGGUAGAUAACGGCGUGGCCCCAAACACUGUUGCUUACACUACUCUUAUUGAUAUAUAUAGCAAGGAAGGGAAUUUUGUUGAAGCAGAGAGGAUUUUCCAUGAGAUGGAGUAUAAGGGAGAAAAACCAAAUAAUGUGACAUACAAUAGUUUGAUAGAUGGAUAUUGCAAGAAAGGUAAGAUGAAGGAAGCAUAUAUACUAAGAAAGGAGAUGGAAGCUAAGGGAUUGUUGCCAGAUGUUUAUACAUACACCUCUCUUCUCCAUGGAGAAUGUAUAGUCGGACAGAUUGACAAGGCUCUGAAAUUGUUCAAAGAGAUGCCUACAAAGGGAUUAAUUCCAAGUGUUGUGUCGUACACGGCAUUGAUUUCAAGCUUAUCAAAAGAGGGAAGAUCAGAUGAAGCUUUCAAAUUAUAUGACGAGAUGAUUGAGGCUGGUUUGACGCCUGAUGACACUGUAUACUCUUCUCUUGUCGGCAGUCUUCAUGGUUCUAACCUUAGUUUAGAGUGA